UCCUCUUCCUCCGUCAUCUAUCUUCUCUUCUUUCCGGUGAUUCUUCUCUGUUUUUCACCGUACACCGGAGAGGCAAGUCCUUCCUUCGCUUGCGAUCCAAAAAAUGCAAAUACGGCGAGCCUACCUUUCUGCCAAAUGUCUCUAUCGAUACCGGACAGGGUGAAUGAUCUCAUCGGACGGCUGACAUUGCAGGAGAAGAUCGGGCUCCUCGUUGACAGUGCCGCACCGGUGCCGAGGCUUGGUAUCAGUGGGUACGAGUGGUGGUCGGAGGCGCUUCACGGGGUCGCAGGAAGCCCCGGUGUUAAAUUUGGUGGGAGCUUCCCUGGGGCCACCAGUUUCCCACAAGUCAUCACCACCGCUGCCUCCUUCAAUGCCUCUUUGUGGAAACAAAUCGGACAGGUGGUAUCAAAUGAAGCGAGGGCGAUGUACAACGGAGGAAUGGCCGGUCUGAAUUACUGGAGCCCAAACGUAAAUAUAUUCAGGGAUCCCAGGUGGGGCCGGGGCCAGGAAACUCCCGGUGAAGAUCCGGUUUUAGCCUCUAAGUACGCAGUCAACUACGUCAAAGGACUGCAGGAGCCAUACGGCACAGACGGUAGCAGGUUGAAGGUUGCAGCCUGCUGUAAACACUACACCGCCUACGACGUCGACAACUGGAAUGGCGUAGAUCGCUACCACUUCAACGCCCUAGUAAGCAAGCAAGAUUUGAAAGAUACGUUCGAUGUACCAUUCAAGGCGUGUGUGUCGGAAGGGAAAGUAGCGAGUGUGAUGUGUUCUUACAAUCAGGUUAAUGGAAUUCCUACCUGCGCCGACCCAAACCUCCUUCGCAACACCAUUCGUGGUCGAUGGAACCUUAACGGGUACAUCGUUUCAGAUUGCAACUCUGUUGGGGUUUUUUACGAUACCCAACACUACACCGCAACACCUGAAGACGCAGUUGCGGCCACUAUUAAAGCAGGUCUAGAUUUAGAAUGUGGAAUAUUCCUGUCUUCCCACGCGGAGCAAGCCGUGAGGACAGGGAAGAUGAGCGAGUUGGAUGUGAAUGGAGCUUUGGUUAAUACCCUAACCGUGCAGAUGAGGUUAGGGAUGUACGAUGGAGACCCAUCGGAGCAGCCAUUUGGAAAGCUGGGUCCAAUGGAUGUUUGCUCACCGGACCACCAACAACUAGCCCUCGAGGCAGCUCGACAAGGCAUUGUCCUCUUGAAGAAUAUUGGGCCAUCGCUACCCCUAUCUCCCCGUCGCCACCGAACGAUCGCUGUCAUCGGGCCUAACUCCGACGUCACGGUUACCAUGAUAGGGAACUACGCCGGUGUAGCAUGUGGAUACACUACUCCACUACAGGGGAUCGGGAGAUACGCCACGACCAACCACCAAAUGGGAUGUAGCGACGUGGCUUGCGGCGGCGACCAGAUGUUUGGUGCUGCCCAGGAAGCUGCGCGUGAAGCAGACGCGACGGUGCUGGUGAUGGGGUUAGAUCAGUCCAUCGAGGCUGAGUUCAAGGACAGGGAUGGACUACUCUUACCGGGACGCCAACAGGAACUGGUCUCUAGUGUGGCCAUGGCCUCCAAGGGCCCCACAGUGCUGGUGUUGAUGAGUGGUGGGCCUGUUGACGUGUCUUUCGCUAAAGAUGAUCCGCGUAUCUCUGCCAUCCUUUGGGUGGGGUACCCUGGCCAAGCCGGAGGAACGGCCAUUGCUGAUGUGUUGUUCGGAACAACAAACCCAGGAGGCAAGCUUCCGAUGACGUGGUAUCCGCAGGACUACGUGGCUAAUCUGCCGAUGACAACCAUGGCCAUGCGGUCCGACCCAGCCAAUGGUUACCCAGGAAGGACCUAUAGGUUCUACAAAGGCCCAGUUGUGUAUCCCUUUGGGUAUGGAAUGAGUUACACCCAUUUUGUUCACACCAUUGCCAAUGCCCCAUCAGUGGUCUCAGUUUUCUUCGGCGGUGGACAUCAUACUACCAAUACCACAAUCUCAGGGAAGUCAGUAAGACUCACACACGCCAAAUGUGAUGGGCUUUCGGUUGGUGUAGAUGUCGACGUGAGAAACGCGGGCUCGAAGGAUGGAACCCAUACCUUACUUGUAUAUUCGGCGCCGCCGGCCGGUCAAUGGACACCUAACAAACAGUUGGUGGCAUUUGAGAAGGUUCAUGUCCCUGCUGGGUCUCAACAGAGGGUCAAUAUAAACAUACAUGUGUGCAAGUAUCUAAGUGUUGUGGGCAGGAAUGGACUUAGAAGAAUUCCCAUAGGUGAACAUAACCUACACAUUGGUGAUCUUAGUCAUCCCAUCUCUCUCCAAGCUCUGCCUCUAGGGGAGAUCAAAACAUAGUAAUCAGUAAGAGCUAUGGCAGUCAUUUCCUUUUGUCUU